AUGGAUAUUAAAACCACAGCCGUGACACCUCCCAUGGCAGCCACUGUAGACGCCACUGUUGCACCCAUUUCGCCCACAGCCGGCAGCAUGGAGCAACUGCAGCAUAGUAAGCAGACAUUUCAGCACAUCUUCGAGCAGUUGGUGCAACAGAGCGGCGGCAAUCACAAGUUGCAACCGAAGCAACUCGAGCAUUUGCGACAUUUGCUCGGCAAUGUGCGGGAUGCAAAGAAUCUGCAGUUGAUUGUGGAGAAAUUCAAGAAUCUGGAACAGUUUCAGGAGCACUAUGCGCAUCUGGGCAACAACAACACUGUGAUUACAGAGGACAGCGAAUUGUCGCUCAAGGAUAAUGCACGUAAAUUUGGAGCUGGCGGUCAAACUCUGACGCCUCGUCACACAAUUGACGCCAUACUUGGCCUAAAGAAUCGCAAUGGCCAAGCACAGGGCCAACUGCAAGCGGAGGGCAGUGAUGGUGAUGGUGAUGCCUCGAUGGCCGAUGAUGAUGCCACCGAUUUGCGCUGCAACAUGUCGCUGACGCAGCUGCGCAACAUGGACAGCCACAUGGCCAACAUGUUGCAGCAACAUGCGAAGAACGGACUCAAUUAUGGACCGCCAACACCGGCAGCACCGCCACCACCGCAAUCGCAACAACCAGCGGGUCAUCAUCAUGCCACACUGACGGGGCAUGCAACAUUUGGCUACCACAAUGCCUUUGCAUUUGGCCAGAGUCACAGUCACAGUCACAAUCACGGUCACGGCCACGGUCACGGGCACAAUCACGGCUAUGGACAGCAGGAGGAUGCGGCGGGUAAUUACCUCAGUUCCAUGCAUCAGAUGGUCGAGGCCAAUCAAUUGCAGCCGCCACAGGGAUUGCAGGGUGUGACGGUGGCGCCACCUGGCGCCUAUGCCAGCCAUCAGCAACAUUUGGCGGCGCUGGCUGCGCAUGCGCAGGAGCAACACAACAAAUAUGCCAAGUCAUCGCCAACAGCAGCAACAGCAACACCAACGACAACAACAACAGCAGCAACAGUUGCUGGCAGCUACUUUCAGCCGGAUGCCACAGCAGCAACAGGCAACAUUGCAGCCACAGCAGCAACAACAGCAACAGUAAAUCGUGACUAUGAUGAACGUUCAAUGUCCUCGACCAGUGAACUGGAUGAGGAUGAAGAUGAUGCGGCAAAGUUGCAAGCCGAUUGCAGCAUUAAUAUUGAUGUUACCACACCGCCAACACCGCGUCCUAGCGGCAACAGCAACAGCAACAACAGCAACAGCACCAAGCGCAAAUCCUCCGCCUCCGUCUCCGUCUCCGUCUCCACCUCCGCCUACUGUGAUGAUAAUGAGCCGAAAUUAGCCAAUGGUCAGCAACUUGGCAAUUAUAGCAUCAGAGCGCGCACUCUCGAUGAGGUACAGCAGCAACAACAACAGCAGCAACAACAGCAACAGCAACAACAGCAGCAGCAACACUUUCAGCACGAUUAUCGCAACAACAACCACAACAGCAACAACAACAACACUCAACCAACUGAGCAUGUUGACAACGACAGUCUGGUCAACGGCAGCUGUGCAUCUAGCGAGGAUCUCAAUCAGACCAACAACAGCGAACAGGGCGAGAAAAUCACAUCCGGCAGCGAUGAUGAAGGUCAGGACGACAACUGUGCGAAGAAGAAGCAUCGUCGCAAUCGCACCACAUUCACCACAUAUCAACUGCAUGAACUGGAGCGUGCCUUUGAGAAGUCCCAUUAUCCGGAUGUCUAUUCCCGUGAGGAACUCGCCAUGAAGGUGAAUCUGCCCGAAGUGCGUGUCCAGGUCUGGUUCCAGAAUAGACGCGCCAAGUGGCGUCGCCAGGAGAAAUCGGAGAGUCUCCGUUUGGGACUGACGCACUUCACACAGCUUCCACAUCGCUUGGGAUGCGGAGCUUCCGGUCUCCCUGUGGAUCCUUGGCUCUCGCCGCCGCUGCUGAGCGCGCUGCCAGGUUUCCUGUCGCAUCCGCAGGGCGUUUAUCCGAGUUAUCUGACGCCGCCGCUGAGUCUGGCACCUGGCAACCUGACCAUGAGCAGCCUGGCCGCCAUGGGGCAUCACCAUGGGCCGGUGGCGCCACCGCCGCCGCCGCCGUCGCACGGACCGCACAGUGGGCAACUGGCGCCGCCAACGAGCGGGCCACCCCCACCCCCGCCACUGGCAGCGCAUCCACACUCGCACACGCACACACACACACACACACACACACACGGACACGGACACGGUCAUCAUCAUGCGGUGCCGUUGUCGCAUUUGUCGCCGCAUCUGUCGCGAAUGUCGCCGCACGCGAAUUCGCUGUCGCCGCAUCACGUUGUCACGCUCGCUUCGCUGCCGACUGCGACGCCGACGACGCAGUCGACGUCGACGCUGACGACGACUGCAUGCUCGACGGCGUCGUCUUCGUCGUCGUCGCUGGAAUGCAGCGGACCCGAUGUGUGCAUGUCACCGCAGAACCUCAGCAUUUCCAAUGCCGAUUCCAAUGGCGAUCUUCGGGAUAACAGCGAUGCCGAAGAGCGCAACGAGCGCGAGGAGCGAGAGCGCGAACUGCUCGACGUCGGCAGAGAGAGUCCCCCGCCCAACAGCGCAGCUACCCCCUCCGCCGGCACCCCCUCGGUGGACAUGCGCAGCAAUUCAAUUGCAACGCUGCGAAUCAAGGCGAAGGAACAUCUCGAUAAUCUCAACAAGGGUCUAGUCUCCAUGGUUUAGCUUUACCCUUGCCAUCCACAUGCAAUCCACAAACUGUUAGCCUUAGUUAAGCCCACAUACACAUGCAUUCCACAACACACACACAUUCCACAAUCAAAAUCCCCUAAGUACUAUUAUCGUUCCCCAUUAAUCGUAUGUGUUUUUAGUUUAGCGAAUUUACCGUUGUAAUCUUUAAUUUGUAUAGCCGAGAAACCAGUGAACCAAGAGUUUUCAAUCUCAAAAAAAAACAAAACAAAAAUAAAAUAUACAGGCGUGUUCCAAGUUCCCUAAACGCUGCAAAGCUCCAAAAAUAACUAUAAAUUAAGCAUGUUCCGUUUUUCAAUUACUUUCUUUUAAUUUUUAAACAUUUUUCAACACUUUGGUUAAAUUGUAGCGAAAGCGUAAAUUGGAACACGCCUGCUAAAUAGAUUUUAGAUUUAUUUGUAUCUUCAUAAAAAUCCUACAUCUAAAACUUAACCCAAUGCAUAUUAGCAUUAAUAAAUAAAUAAACAAGUUUUAGCUCA